AUGAUCGACGCGUUCAUCCCGCAGUGUUCUAGUGAUCGCAAGAUGACCGCCGACAUCAAGGCCUCGACGGACUUGAGCGUGCAAGAAGAAGCGCCCGACGAAGAAGUGCGGCCAUCCAAGAGCGUCAUCACACGGUCCGAAAUCGCAAUCGACUGCGCGGCUCUUUUGGCAGCCGUGUGUCGCACUGCUCACCAUUCGCGAUGUCCUGGAUGCCCACGCACCGCGUCGGCCAUUGGCGCAUCAACGUCGCAACCAGUCGCAUUGCUCAGGACGACGCCGACUCGACGAUCCAGAGCUACCUACUAG